CAAGACGAAGAGAAAGAAGUAGAGUUGGCGACGUCACAUCCUGUAAUCGCCGAGAGGGAGGCAAACAUGGCGACGCUAACAGAGAAAUCAACGAAGGAGCGUCUGCUGUCUGUGCUGGACGACUUAGAGGUUUUAUCUCGGGAGCUGAUAGAGAUGUUGGCUCUGUCCAGAGGUCAGAAACUCCCUCAGCCUGGAGAAGACACACAGAUCUUGGAGCUGCUUGUGCAGAGAGACAAGGAGUUCCAGGAGCUGAUGGAGGUGGCACAGCAGCAGGGGAAGGUUCAUCAGGAGAUGCAGCUGCUGGAGAAAGAGGUGGAGAAGAGAGACAGUGACAUCCAGCAGCUGCAGAAACAGCUGAAGGAAGCUGAACACAUCCUGGCCACGGCUGUCUACCAGGCCAAAGAGAAACUCAAAUCCAUUGACAAGGCUAGAAAAGGAAGUAUAUCUUCUGAAGAAAUAAUCAAGUACGCUCACAGAAUCAGCGCCAGUAAUGCUGUGUGUGCUCCUCUUAACUGGGUGCCAGGUGAUCCCCGCAGACCUUAUCCUACUGACCUGGAGAUGCGCAGUGGGAUGCUCGGACACAUGGCUAACCUGUCAUCCAACGGAAUGAACGGACAUCUGCCAGGCGACGCUCUGGCUGCAGGAAGGUUACCAGAUGUGCUGACGCCUCAUUACCCCUGGCAGCCCUCAGACGUCUCAGUAGGAAUGCUCCCUCCUCACCAUGGUAACGAUUUUGGUCUGGAGCCCCCUGGUCACAACAAGGAGAACGAGGAUGAAGUUGAGGCCAUGUCGACAGACUCGUCCAGCAGCAGCAGCGACUCAGACUGAACGACAGGAACUCUGUGUGUGUGUGUGUGUGUGCGCGCAUUGUUAGGCAACAUUUGAACGCAUAUUUUCACAUCAUGAGGUUCAUUAAAACCUGACCUAAUGUGUGAAUCGUUUAUGUAAAGAUAAGGUUAUGAAGUAUCACUUCCUUUCAUUGACAUGCUGUGAACAUCUACAAACCAAAUGUUUUUGCUCAGUUAAAACCUUUAACUCGUAGUUUGUAUGGACACAGUUAUACUGGUUUUAGUUUACAUGAAGUACUUUUUACUCCAGAAGUAUAGGCAUUGUAUGUCUCCAAACAGGAUUCAUUGGAUUUCAGCUGGCUGAUCUGACAUUGUUACUGAUCAUUUAAGCUGUGUACGGUUAACAGACUUUCUCUGCUGCAUCAUGCAUCAGUUAUUACCAAUAGUGAGGUCAGAGCUUGUAUAAACUGUAAAAGGCCCUCUACUGAACAGUUUUUAAAAGAAGAUUAGUACUCAAAUUCAGUUGUGACUAGGUCAAAUCAGAAUUGUGUUUUUUAAUGUGGAAAGGUCUCUAUUUGUGUCCCUGAUCAUUCAAACUGUCAAACAAUUCAAAAAACUAAGUAAUAUUUUUGUUCUUAAUGAAAUGAAUAGAAGUGUAAAACCAGGUAGGAGGCACUUUGCCAUCUAGUGUUCAGUUGGGAAUAACUGUCUCGUACUCUGUCACUAGAGACUAUAUUUACAGUCAUGAGAAAAAGAUGAGCACCUCUUUUCUAAAAUGUUCUAAGAUUGUAUACACCUGAGGUACACUAAACUGCAUCAGAAUCUACUCUGGUAUUUAUUUAAAUAGCAAAGAUGAAGAGAAAUAAACUUUGAAAAUAAGUAACUUUUAGAACCACUUACGCAGCAUAGUACGUCAGUAGUUUUCUUCUUUCCAGUUUGUCCUGACUCUGUCGAGGUUUGCAGAACUCUGGUUGUGCACCUCUCUCUUUAGAACCUGCCACAGCAUUUUCAAUCGGGAUGGUCUGCAUGGCAACACGCCGACUCCUUCCUUCAGCCGUUCUAAUACGGUAGUUGAAUUAAGAAUUCUUUUUAAGAGGAAAAUUGAACUCUCACAAAUGUGACUCUAACCUGCACACGUGUCCACAUAAGCAAAAUAAGUCAAUCAGGAAGUACAGAAACUCCAGUCAGCAGUUAGUUUUUUUCUCCAGUCAACAACAUGUUGGAUGGCUUGGUCUUUUAUUGUCUCAUUGCAAGUGGCAAAAACUCUAUUGCAGGGACAUUUAAUAGAAGUAGAUCAACAAUUUCUUUGUUGUAGAAAUCUUGCUUUCAGCUUCGCGGUCCCGGGUUUACUUUGGCUGUUAACUAGAUGCAGUUUGCCAAGUUGUUUUUCUCUGAAUUCAGCCAAACUGAGGAUUGAUGUUUUAGUUUGUGUUGGGAAGCGGACCAUCUUCUUCCAUCCUUACAAUCCUGUAGAGUCAGAGCGGCCUUGUUCUCCAAUGUUUUGUUACAGUCAAGCUAUAAGUUUCGCAGUGUUUUGGUUAAAUUAAGCAAACAGCACCCAGUAGCGACUGAUUGCCUCAAAUAAGACAGUGUUGAUGCUUUUGUUAUUUAGUUGUCUUAAUGUCAUCCUGCAGACAAACCCGGACUCAAACUGACUGUUUAAUGGCCCGUCUACUCUGAUUCGCUGACCUUUUGUGUUGCAUAACUCUGAUUGUUGUCAUGUCAUAACUUGUGUGUGUGUAGUACGGAAAGGCCAAACAUAACAUACAACAUGUAAAUAAGCUUGUAAAUACUUGUAAAUAAAAAAUUUUUUCAAUAAACUUUUUAGUACCUA